CGAGCUGACGACUGUAUUGGCGUGGUGCACAAAAACAGAGCAAAAAUAUCUGCCGCACGGUACGACUUGUACUCUUCCUUUGCCAAAAAUAUGUUUCACUACACACCUCAAUUGAAGUUGGCAAUAGCAUUGUCAGUGUUCAUAUCGCUUUUCGGGUUCACCUUAGCUGAUUACCCACAUGAGUUCACCGCCCAGGUUCAAUCUUAUCCGAACAUUAUGCGGGAAAGUGCGCAGUGCUUGCCACUUAAAGGACUGUACGACCACGAUCAGACCUUUGUCUGCGAUCCGGAUCGUCUUUUAACCGUGGAUCAAAUCAAUCAUUUGAAUUCGAUGCUGAAAGAAUUCCGCAAUUUGCGAAGUCGUGAUGAAUCCAUGUGCAGUCCGCACAGUCCACAUCCUGUGAUCGCACUGGCCUUGGUAAACAAACUGAAGGUCGGAAAUGAAAACCCCGAUCGCCUACUGAGCUAUGCUUCGAUAUUCACUUACUACUUGUUUAACGAGUGGAAUCUUCCAUCUACCUGUCAUACGGGAUCAGACAAGGUUAUCAUAUUCUACUCGAAGGACGAUGGUGUGAUUUACACGUUUGCGGGCAAUUUGUUGGAGCGCAAGCUACCAUCACAACGGAUAAUCGAUUUUGCGGUUGAAUCCCGGAUACAUUUUUCGAAUGGAAUCGCUGCGGGACUUGGAUUCCUAAUUCAAAGAUAUCGCAUGCUUUGCCGCAGUUUCUGUGCGUCCGCCCUUGGUAACAACCCUAAACAUCUCAGUCAGUUUUCAAACCCGAAAGCCGGUCUAGUUAGAGGCUUCAAUGUUCGCACACCGAAGCAAGAAGGACAACAGGUGACCCUUAUUCGUACACUGGAUUCCCUCUGCAUUGAUGAACGCUGUCUAUCAGAAACAAUUAAAUUGAUUAUCCCCUUGUUCCCUUCGGGGUCCCAGCUGCGCACAUCUGAUGAUGCAGCUGGAUAUGCUGGGGCGGGUGUUGUACUGAGCGACCGAGCAGAAGCAUCUCUACUUGAAUGGAUAGCGGCUGAUAAUGGCCUCUGCGCGCUUCGUUUGGCAACGUCUGUAAGAGAACCUCGAGAAAAUGAGGUCCAUAGUAACCUGUUUAUUAUGUCUGCUUACACCCAAAACGACUGUAGUCCUGAAUCUGCCAAAAGACUCCUAUGA